CUCACCAUUACUAUGAGCCGCUUUGCCGCUCUAAAUGAAUUUUGCCUUAUUCGACGCGCUUCUCAAGCAAGUCGAGGUUGUAGCCGCGUUCCAUUCGUUUGUCUGCCUGAAGUCGUGAAAUUAACCCUAACCUUAACUUGUAAGCUUUAAGCUUCACUACCAUCUCCACUAGGCUCUCUUCACCAUUCUUUUCACUUUUCAGGCGCUUUUAGCUCGGAAUCGUUGAUUCGUCGCCAACACUGUAGUUGUUUUUACAUUAGUUUCCUCAGAACAUAAUGACGGUCAAACCUCUAACAACUGAUGCAAUUGCUCUCACGGAGAAAAAAAUGGAUAUGUCACUUGAUGAUAUCAUCAAAAUGUCAAAAAACGAUUCUUUGAAACACAGGAAUGGGAAACAAGGAGUGUCAAACAGUAGCCAAAAGUUUUAUAAUAAUGUUGCUGCUGAUAAGUCUGCCAAGUUCAAGAGGUUUACGGAAACAAGAUCAUCUCUUAGACAGGAGAAUCUUGCUCAGAGGAGAACAAGUUUUCAUGAUAAUCAUUUCCCUUUGACAGCUCAGGCAGCUAGAAAGGCCGCAGUUGCUCCUAUUCACAAUAGAGGCUUCAGUCGAAGCAGGGCAGUGUCUAUGAAUGUUCAAAGGGUUGCUGCUCCCCUUGCGCAUAGAAAUUUCUCUAGUAAGGAUGACGUCUUUGUUAAGCAGAAAUAUCCGCAGGAUAAGGUGAAACCAGUGACAAGGCAGAAGAAGCUUCAGACAUUAGAUUCAAUGUUUGCAAGUAUGAAAGAGCAAAGAAUGAAGAAGUUGUCAAAAAACUGGGUUAAUGCUCCAAGAAGAAAUGGAGGUAGGCAGACCAUCUUGCCACCGCCAUGGGCAAGAGGUGGCCGCUUUGUCCAAUGAAUCUUAGAGUCUUUUUCCAUCCACAAUGGUGUGUUGAAUUACUGAGCUUCACAAAGCAGAAAAAGAUUACUGUUUAGCAGGACUGGUUUAGAAGUAGGUUAUCAUAAUAAUUAUUGAUUUAAUGUGAUCCGGAAAAUAUGAAAUUCAGUGUAAUUGCCUUAAUUUUGUUGACAACAUCUCCAUCUGGCAGUUGUUUGGUCUAGUUUAUUGAUAGAUUGAACACAGUUACACAGAUUUGAACCUGGAAGUAACCACUUGACAGACAAAAUUCUGUUCUGUCGGCUAUGGAUCAAAAUGACUUCCUGGGUUGCAGAGAUCUACC